AUCGGGUUCGAAUUCCGCAAUAUACACAGAUCGAGACAGGAAGCAAAAUACAUAACAAAGACAUAUCUCAAUCUGACACAGUCACAGCUAGUGAACUUAAAGGAAUUCUAAGAUAUAUAGUAUGGGAGGAUCACAAAGUGUAUUUACUGAACAAGAACUAAAUGAUUAUCAGGAGCUGACAUACUUUACAAAGAAAGAGAUAUUGCAUGUGUUCAAGAGAUUCCAGACACUAAAUCCAGAGGCAGUCGGUGUAAAUAAAAAAGCCAAGCUUCACAGGGAAACCAUCUUAAGUCUUCCCGAAUUACAAGUAAACCCAUUUAAUGACAGAAUCACCACAGUCUUCUCAUCAACAGGAGAUGGCGCUAUGACUUUCGAAGAUUUCCUAGAUAUGAUGUCGGUGUUCAGUGACAAUGCACCAAAGAAUGUCAAAGUGGAAUAUGCUUUCAGAAUUUAUGAUUUUGAUGAAGAUGAUGUCAUAAGUGGUAAAGAUCUGAAAGAGGUGAUAAACAGAUUAACAGGGGAUCAGUCACUUAAAGAUGAGGAAAUGGAACAACUCAUUCAGAAUAUUUUGGAGGAGGCUGAUCUGGAUGAUGAUGAUUCCCUCUCGUUUGCAGAAUUUGAACAUGUCAUUUCUAAGGCCCCAGACUUCAUCAAUUCCUUCAGGAUUCGGCUGUAGAGAAUAGACAAAAUCUUGGCUGCUGACUGUGAUAAACAGACAAAUCAUCAUCAGACCUUUUUAGUCCCUCAUUGGUUGUGAACUUUGUUACAUUUUCAUUCUUCCUGUCGCUAUGAUUUUUAUGAUUUAGUCAUUAUGCUGACUACUUUGAUAAAUCCAUCUUUAAUGUUCCAAGUAUUUAAUAUCCACUGUAAGAUUUAAAGAAACAUGCAUGAUUACCUAUUUUCAAGUCUACAUAAAUGCAUACCUUUGCUACGGAUAUUCAUUCAUCGAAGUGAAACAUUUUCAGAUGUACAUUUUGAUUUGCAUUGUCACUAUUUGUAUUAGUGAAAUAUCAAUGAAAUAUCUAGCAGAAAUGCUGGAAAUAAAUUUUUUUAUAUAUAUAUAUAUUCUCUCCUCUACACUAAAACAUGUUAACAUGUAAUUUUUAACUUUGGAUGGCUGGAUUUAAUCUUAGCAAUUAAUAUUUUUUCCUUCAUGUAAAAUAAUGUUGCAUUUUGGUUGGGAAAUGUACAUGUUUCUUUAAAUCUUUAUUUGUGAGUAGUGCUCAUUUCUCUCUUUCAGUGCAAUGCAUCAUUGUAUCGUGAUUUGUAUUUUAAGUACCAGAAAAAAGGGGGCACAGUGCAUGAUACAUGUAUACAACAUUACAUGUUUAGUUACAGUAUUCCUUACAAGUGUAUGUAGCACUGACUUAUGUGGUGUUAACUUAUUUUAAUAAUGCAUGGAUUACACAUAUAUUUACAGAAUAACGCUUCUUCUACUUAAUAACUUUAUUAUAACCCAUCUAACUCGGAGACUAAAAAAAUAUCUUUCAAGGGUAUUUUAUAUUUUUAUAUAUGAUUAAUGUUGGAGUUUCUGUUAUAGAAUUUCAUUUCCUGUGUUCAUCUUUUAUUUUGAUAUUUUAUUCCUUUACUUUUCUAAUGAUUUACUGUAAUUUUUGGUGGUGCUGGGUUUGUCAUAUUACUCAGAUAAUAUAAAAAAUUAGACACUUUGAAUUACAUUUCUUCUCUAAUACUUUGUUAUUGUUUCAAAUAAAGUUAAUGCCAAGGUA